AGUGUGAAUCCUCAAAGGAUCCGAAAGAUGCCAUAUUCUUCCCAUCCCAGUGUUCCGAUUCAUUUUUCAGAUUUUUUUCCACUCUAAACCCAGAAAUAUAAACCUUCAUCAUCAUCAUCAUCAUAUUAAUAUUCAAGAACAGCUCAACAUGUGUGCACAACAACUCCCUCCAGAAAAGUCAACUUUCCCAGUUUCAAUAUUGAACAAAUAUAUAUUAUAUUGCAGACGAAAUUGGCUUUUCUCUUUGAAUAUUUUAAGCAAAAGGCUGCUGUUUUGCUCUCUCGUCAUUUUUACCCGAUCAAUGAUCAUCGUUUGGGGGUUGCUAUCUAUCUACCAAAUAUUUAUCACCCUUACAAUAACUCAUCCCUCAAAUGGCAACCCAGACCAAGUCAGCGCCAGCGCAGGAAAUUCACGUUUUCUUAAGAGAAUUACAUUUACCAACCCUGUCUUCCUAGCUACCUGCUUCUCAUAUUGUGGGCAAGCUGUGUUCUUUACUCCUCUGUAAGGUGAAACACGAAAUUUCCAAUUGGGUUUUAGGUUUCUCUGUUGAGUUUGGUGACCCAUUUGUUUAUUUGGUCAAUGAUUUUGUUGAUGCAACCACUUAGGGGAAGGAUGCUCAAGGUUUCAUAGUUUUGUAGUUUGAGAGGAGUUUUUGAAGUUUGGGAGAUUCGGUAUCUUCAAAAUGAACACCAGGAGAAUUGCUUUGAUUGAAGUGAGUUUGAUUGUCUGGAUUUGCUGGUUUAUGUUGGUUACUGGGGCAGACGAUCGAGUUACUCAUCCUGAUGAAGUAAAAGCAUUGCGUUCCAUCAGGGGAAGCUUGAUUGAUCCAAAUAGGAAUCUCAGUAACUGGAGGGCAGGAGAUCCAUGUGCCUCAAAUUGGACAGGGGUGCUAUGCUAUAAUGACCCACUGAGUGAUGGCUACCUUCAUGUGCGAGAACUGCAACUGUUGAAAAUGAGCUUAUCAGGAAGUUUAUCACCUGAGCUUGGCCGCUUAUCUUAUUUGAAGAUAUUAGAUGUGAUGUGGAACACUAUUGGCGGAAGUAUACCAAAGGAGAUAGGAAAUAUUUCAACGUUAGAGUUAUUGCUUCUGAAUGGAAAUGAACUGACAGGUCCCUUGCCUGAAGAGCUCGGUAAUCUUCCUAAUUUAGACAGGAUACAAAUUGACCAGAAUCACAUAUCGGGUCCAAUACCUGUCUCAUUUGCAAAUUUGAACAAAACACAACACUUCCACAUGAAUAACAAUUCAUUAAGUGGACCAAUCCCGCCUGAGCUGUCUAGACUUCCACAGCUUCUUCACUUAUUGCUUGACAAUAACAACUUAACGGGAUCCCUUCCACCAGAGCUGGCUGAAUUACCAAAAGUGCUCAUCAUUCAACUUGACAACAACAACUUUGACGGGAGUCAGAUACCAGAGUCUUAUGGAAAUAUGUCUCAUUUGCUGAAAAUGAGUCUCAGGAACUGCAGCCUGCAGGGGCCAGUACCAGAUCUAAGCAAGAUAGCUAAUCUCACUUACAUAGAUCUCAGCUCUAACCAACUUACAGGGCCCAUACCAACAAAUAGGCUCUCCGGGAAUAUCACAACCAUCGAUUUAUCGAACAACAAUCUUAAUGGAAGUAUUCCUGCAAACUUUUCUGAACUUCCUCGUUUGCAGAGACUGUCUCUUGCAAACAAUUCGUUAAGCGGUUCUAUACCAUCCAGUAUUUGGCAAAAUAGGAGACUUAAUUCAACUGAGAGCCUCUUCCUGGACUUUCAGAACAAUGCGUUUGCCAAUAUAUCGGGAAGUUUGAUUAUCCCACAAAAUGUCACUGUUAGGUUCCAAGGAAACCCAUUGUGUUCAAAUGCUAACCCGUUGUGUGGAUCUUCUGGCAAUGAAACGGAUGACGGCAUUAUGUUAAAGAGUAUCACUGACUGCCCCGUGUUGGGGUGCCCCCCACCCUACGUGUAUUCCUUGCCUUCUCCUACUUGCUUUUGCGUUUUACCUCUGCUUGUUCAGUAUCGGUUAAAGAGUCCAGGAUUCCGUGAUAUCCGGCCAUACCUGAAUGAGUUUGCGUGGUACCUGAGCUCUGGUCUAGUGCUGAACCUUUCGCAAGUACACAUUAAUUCACUUGCCUUGGAACCGGGCCCUCGGUGGGAGAUGCACUUUGAGUUCUACCCCAUUUUCAUGGACGUUAAUAGCUCCCGUGAAUUCAAUAAGAGCGAAGUUUUACGACUUAUGGGCUUAUUUACUGGAUGGCUGAUACCCGAUAAUGAUCUUUUUGGACCUUACGAGCUUCUCGGGUUCACCCUACUGGGAGACUAUUCAAAUUAUAUCCCUCCUUCAACUUCAUCCUCCGGCCUAAGCAAGGGAGCUCUAGCCGGCAUCAUACUAGGGUCAAUUGGCGGUGCAGUUACGCUGUCUGCAUUUGUGUCACUCCUCAUUUUGAGAUUGCAUAUGCGGAAAUUCCGAUCAGCUACAAGGAGACGCCAAAUGUCAAAGAUCUCUAUCAAAAUUGAUGGCGUAAAAGAGUUCAGUUUUGAAGAACUGAUAGCAGCAACGAGGGAUUUCAACAACUCAAGUGUUGUUGGGCAGGGAGGAUACGGAAAAGUUUAUAGAGGUGUCUUAGCCGAUGGGACAGUAGUGGCCAUCAAGCGUGCUCAAGAGGGAUCAUUGCAGGGUGAAAAAGAGUUUCUUACGGAAAUUGAACUAUUGUCUAGGCUGCAUCAUAGAAACCUCGUGGCUUUACUUGGAUAUUGUGGAGAAGAAGGUGAACAGAUGCUGGUCUACGAAUUCAUGCCGAAUGGUACUUUGAGAGAUCAUCUAUCUGUUAAAUCUAAAGAUCCUCUAACCUUUGCCCUGAGAUUGAGAGUCGCACUGGGUUCCGCGAAGGGCAUUCUAUAUUUGCACACGGAAGCUGAUCCGCCUAUAUUCCAUAGAGAUAUCAAGGCAAGUAACAUAUUGUUGGACGCAAAAUUUACAGCCAAGGUUGCUGAUUUUGGACUUUCACGGCUUGCGCCUGUCCCUGAUCUCGAAGGGGAGGUCCCCAAUCACAUAUCAACUGUUGUUAAGGGUACUCCGGGAUAUCUCGACCCGGAGUAUUUCCUAACCCACAAACUCACGGACAAGAGCGAUGUUUACAGCCUUGGUGUAGUAUUCCUCGAGUUGUUGACUGGAAUGCACCCAAUUUCUCACGGCAAAAACAUUGUUAGGGAGGUAAACGUUGCAUAUUCUUCGGGCAUGAUAUUCUCUGUGAUUGAUGAGCGGAUGGGAUCAUAUCCUUCUGAAUGCGUGGAGAAGUUCAUAACACUGGCUCUCAAAUGCUGCCAAGACGACACAGAUUCCCGGCCUUCAAUGGCAGAAGUGGUUCGAGAACUGGAAGCCAUAUGGCUUAUGAUGCCGGAGUCUGACACCAGAAUCAGAGAUUCAUCAUCGGUCACUGAUUCAAUCAAGGAUGUCAGCUCUUCAUCUGCAUCGGCGCCCAUGAAAAAUCCCUAUAUUUCAACUGAUGUCUCUGGCAGUGACCUAGUCAGCGGCGUCGUCCCCACCAUUACUCCCAGAUGAUGCAUAAAACCAGGGGCAAAGAAACAUGUUUGUAUAUAGCCAUUGACUUGUUUCUGUUUGCAGAAUUCAGUAGUUAGUUGUUGCUAGACAACAUGAUUCUGUUAUUGAUUGUAGUGUCUUGUUUGUUAAGGAUCCACUCUCAUUUUGAUACUUGAAUGUUGAUUAUGGAACAUAAGUCAUUCUUGAUUUGAGUCAA